AGGGGCAGGAGCUCUGCGACCGCCGCGCCCCCCCCCCCCCCCGGCGCGGGGGGGCGCCCCCAUGGCGGGCCCGCGCCCGCCGCGCCCAUGCCGCCGGGGAGGGCGCAGGCGCGGCGCAGCCUGCAGUGCUGGGCCUGCGAGCUGCAGGCGAAGCUGCUUGCGGCCGCGGUGGGGGUCGCUGGAGCAGCAGGCAUGGUCUACAUGAUGGAGACGUCCGUGUUCAAGAUCCCGACCUGGAUCCCGAUCUGUUGCGAGUCGCGGACGGCAGAGGUGUUUCUCUACACCCCCACCGACUACCACUUCAGGAACUUCACGAUCAGCAGCUACCCCGCCGGCGACACGUCGCACCUGGCACCCGGCCUCCUCGACGGCGCGGGCGCGGGGUGUCCCGUGGAGUUCCCGAACAGAGACUGGAGCACGUGCUACUGGAACGGGAGCUACGCCAUAAGCGAGGAGGGACGGAGUGAGCGGCACGGCCCCGAGGCGGUGUGCCGGUUGGGGCCAAGAGAUCCGACGCACCGUGGGGCCGAGGUGUGAGAUCGAGGUCCACGUGGAUUUCUUCGACCGGCGCUGGGGGUGCCGCAAGGGCGGCCCGGAGCCCGCGUGGGGAGCCGCCUCCCUGGUGCCUCACGCCCUGGCGGCCUUCGCGGCGGGGCUGCUGCUGGGAGGAGUCCCCGUGCGCCUAUUCAGGGGGAGCGAGGGGCUUUGGUUCGGCGGCGACCGAGGGGAGGAGGAAGAAGUGAUAGGGGAACGAAUACUGACAUAAACAUAAAAACUCGGAGCUCCGCGCGGAUUUCUCGGAUCCAGGCCCCCCUGGUGGCGCCUCCAGCGCCUUCCCUGGCGCGGAUCCAGGAAAUCCUCGCGGACCUCUGAGUUUCUAUGUUGAUGUCAUUUUUCGUUCCCCAAAGUGAG